UAUUUUAACUACCAAAGCUGGUAGUUAAGACAAAAUGACGCCGUUUUGUCUUAGCGGCUCAAUUAAAUCAAAUCGAAGUCUCGUCUCCCCCAAAGUGAGAAACAGAAAUCCCCAAUUCACAAGAACCCUAACCCUUAAAAGAGAAAUCAUUCAGAAUUGUUCUAUUUUCGUUUCGGAAAUUGAUUGAGUUUUCAGAUUGUGAGUCUUUUAACUUGAUCUUCCUACUCCAAUGAGUUCAAGUUCAGGGUCAUAUGGUGCUGGCGGAGACCUCCGUGGUUUUCCGUUGAAGUGUUCGUGUGGAGUAGAUGUGACGAUCUUCACGUCGAAGUCUCAAGAGAAUCCAGGAAGGCCUUUUUUCCGUUGUAAAACGAAAAGAGAUCCGAAGUCGUGGACAAACAAAAGAGAUGGUCAUGUGUUUAAGUGGGUUGAGGAUGCUGUGUACGAAGAGGUUGAAGAUGCUUUACCAAAAUUUGGAAUCAUUGCAAACGAGAUAAACCAAGUCAAAUCUGAGGUUAAUGAGCUUAAUGUGAUGUUACAAGAGCUUAAAGAUGAAGCAAUCUUGAGCAAAAAGGAGAUCCGCAAGUGGAAAGUGUGCUUGCAGAUGUGUUUUGUGUGGCUUUGCUUGAUCAGCAUUGUCAUUGUUUACAUGAUGCUUAGUCAGGCAAAGAAAAAGGAAUUAGCUGUUGGUAUUAGUUAUUGAAGAAUUUAACUAGGUAAUAAAUGACUCGUUGUCUGAUCGUGUAUGUCGUUUUGAUUAAUUUUGGCGAUUUCUGCCAGAAGGUUUAAUGGGCUACCUUUUUAGAUAGUCGUUAUUUAUUUUAUCAUCUAACGUUAUUAUCGUCUAGCACAGAAGCUGUCUUAUAGCUCAGGUCAUAGAGAAGUUGGCUC